GAUAGAUAUUCCCUCUUUCGGAUCGCAACACCAAACACACACACAUUUCGAACUAGGAUGGGAAGUGAUAUGAGGGUAAAUUCCCUGAAAUCAGUACUGCUGCUCUGCGUGCUAUCAUCGUCAACCCAUGGAAUAUCCAGCCAACCCGCCGGAGUUUCAACGAGUAAUCCCGCAGUGCUAGACACCGACGGCCACGAGAUCCAAACCGGCUCCAAGUAUAUCAUAUUAGCUGCCCAGGAUUCAAACGGGGGAGGAGGCGGGCUCGCCCUGGCCCCUAAAGACCGCCCAUGCCCUUUGUACGUCACCGUAGAAAACCUGGAAGGCUACAAUAAUGGCCUCCCCGUCAAAUUCAUGCCAUCAGCUGAGCCCAGACAGCAGGCCAUAAUAACCCAGUCAACAGACGUGAACGUCGCGUUCUACACGGCCACGAUCUGCGUGCAGUCCACCGCGUGGAAACUCGGAAGCGUUGACGAAACCACGGGGCGGAGAUACGUGGUGAGCGGCGGGGCGACGGGGCGGCCGGGCGCCGAGACGGUGAGCAGCUGGUUCAGAGUGGAGAAGCAAGGGGGGAGCGGUUACAGGUUGGUGUUCUGUCCUGGGGUUUGUAGCGCGUGCAGAGUUGCGUGUGGGAACGUGGGGGUUUUCAAUGAAAAUGGGAAGAGAUGGCUUGGCUUAACCGAUGAACCGCUUGUUGUAAGGUUCAAAAAGGUUUAGAUAGGGUAACCCAAGAUGGUAAGAGAUCUACACUUGUAUGGUUCAAAAAGUUUACGAGUUUGAAUUUUUGUUUC